AUCCUAACGUGCUGAAGCUGAACCAAAUACCUUGAAAUUCGAAAACUUUGUCGUCUGAAGACGUGCAAACAGAUGAAAAAGAAGCUAAAUUAAUAAAUAUUCUUCAACAAAGGAAAUAAACUGUCGGAGCCCCUAAUCAAAAUACCCGAAGCUGGAAAGUUUCAGGCGAAGAAAUUAGCAGCAGCGAAAAAGAAGAAGAUGUUGUUUCAAGUGGCAGGACAAGGGACUCGUCCAACCUUCUUUGAAAUGGCUGCAGCUCAGCAGCUCCCGGCUAGUCUCCGUGCAGCCCUUACUUACUCAAUUGGGGUACUGGCAUUGAGACGACCAAUUCUGCAUAAGGUGUUAGACUAUGAAGAUGAAUUCUAUGCUUUGCUGAUGUUGGUUCUUGAGACGCAUAGCUUACGAACUACAGAUGCUUCUUUUGCUGAAUCUCUAUAUGGCUUGCGGAGGAGAGCAGCAAAAAUAAAAAUAAAACAGGCUGACAUUCGAUCGAAAACUAGUGAUGGGAUCCAACACUCUAGUCUAGAAAAGCGUCAAAGAGUUCUCUCAGUUGUAUUUUUGGUUGUUUUGCCAUACCUUAAGUUAAAAUUGCACUCAAUUUAUAACAAAGAAAGGGAAGCCAGGCUUCAAGCAAGUUUAUGGGGUCCCGGUGAUGAAAGAUUUGAAGAUAUCGACUCUUUUGUUGAAGGGGAGGCGUCUAUUGCUUCAAGAACAUCAACUGAAGCAGAAACAACAAUAAGAACACAAUUGGCAAAGAAUAUUCAGAAAAUUAUGGGCUUAUGUUAUCCAUGGAUACAUGCUACCACUGAAGGACUAACAUUUACUUAUCAACUUUUAUUUCUGCUGGAUGCAACUGGGUUCUAUUCUGUUGGAUUACAUGUUCUUGGGAUUCAUGUUUGUCGAGCAACUGGACAAGAAUUGAUGAAUACUUCCUCUAGAAUUUCCAAAAUUCGAAGUCGUGAACGUGAGAGGCUUCGGGGGCCUCCAUGGGUAAAGGCGGUACAAGGAGCUUUGCUUAAAUGUGCAUAUGUGGUGCUGGACUAUGCACAAACUGGUUUAAUCGCCGCAGUAUUCAUCUUUAAAAUGAUGGAAUGGUGGUAUCAAUCUGCUGAGGAGAGAAUGUCAGCUCCUACUGUGUAUCCGCCUCCUCCGCCACCGCCACACCCAAUGGUCGCCAAAGACGGGAUCCCCUUACCACCUGAUAGAACAAUCUGUCCAUUGUGUUCACAGAAGCGUGCAAAUCCAUCUGUAGUUACAGUUUCAGGAUUCGUCUUCUGCUAUGCUUGCAUACACAAGUACGUUUCUCAGUAUAAGCGCUGCCCAGUCACAUUAAUGUCAGCAGACAUCGACCAGAUAAGGCGGCUCUUCCAUGAUAUGUGAUAUCCUUGCCGGAUAUUUUGUAUGUAAAUUAAUCCAUGAUAGUGUAUGUGAAGCUACCAAAGGACAAGAGAACCAAGACGAGUACAACGAAAAUAAUGUAGGGAAUUCUUUGUUUUCAUGACAUUCUGUUGCCAUUGUUUCUGGCAUUUUCGAAAGAUAAUUUUAUGCAAGCAUUUAGGUAGGCUUGAAA